GUCAACGUUUCGUGAUCCUUGAGAUCUAUUAGCAAUAUUUCAAACAAAGAUUCGUAGCAUCCAGUUUCAAAGAGCUCUUUCUGAAGAAAUUUCAAGAGAUUAAUGAAGAUCACCACCGGGGUAAGAGAACGUCUCGUGUAUGAUCGAUACGUGGAAUUGAAAGCCUUCGAUGAAACAAAAGCUGGUGUCAAAGGCAUAGUUGAUGCUGGGAUUGAAAAGAUUCCAAGGAUGUUCAUCCGCCCACAAGAUGAUCUCAACGGAGAGUUAGCAGUUCAUACCGAACAUGGAUGUAGUAGCUUUGAAACUCCAAUGAUAGACCUCCAAGGCGUGAAGGACAACCCUGAACGACGAGAAGAAAUCGUUCAUGAGAUCCAACUUGCGUCGGAGACUUUGGGCUUCUUUCAAUUGGUGAAUCACGGAGUCCCAGUAAGUGUUAUGUCAGAGAUUAUUGAUGGGGUUAAACGAUUUCAUGAGCAAGAUACAGAGAUAAAGAAACAGCUUCACUCGAAUGGGAUCGCCAAUGCAGUUAACUUUAAUAGCAAUUUCGAUCUUUAUGUAUCGAAAUUUGCUAACUGGAGGGACACACUUAAAUGUAAUUUGUUAUCUCCUGACCCUCUAGAUCCACGAGAAUUGCCAGAUACUUGCAGAGAUAUAGUGGUUGAGUAUUGGAAGCAUAUUAUGGAAUUGUCAAAUACUCUUACUGAAUUGUUGUCUGAAGCUCUGGGUUUGCAACAACACCACGUAAGGAACUUGGACUGUAGUGAAUGUUUAUCGAUGAACGGUCAUUAUUAUCCGGCAUGUCCGGAACCAGAACUAACAUUAGGUACAAGCAAGCAUUCAGACCCAAGUUUGUUCACUAUUCUUCUUCAAGAUGAAAUUGGCGGCCUUCAGUUUUUGCAUCAAAAUCAUUGGGCUAGUGUCAAGCCCAUCCCUGGUACUUUUAUUGUAAAUAUUGGCGACAUUCUUCAGCUUAUUAGCAAUGGCAAGUUUAAAAGUGUGGAACAUAGAGUACUUGCCAAUCAUGUCGGACCAAGAGUAUCAGUGGCAUGCUUCGUUAGACCAAGUAUGAAUAGAUCCACAAAGCUUUAUGGUCCUAUAGACGAGCUACUUUCUGAAGGCAAUCCUCCUGUUUACAGGGAGAUUACAUUUAAGGAGUAUGCCAGUUAUAGCCAUUCUAAAGGACUGAACGGCGAUUCUGCCUUAAACUACUUCAGGUCUUCAAGUUAUGAAGUUAAUACCGGUUGAUAGCAUCAUCCAUGGCCCAUAGCGGGAGCACCUAAAUAUUUCUUUUUUCGAUUUGAUUUCCUGUAACAGUUUAGUCUGAUGGAAUUAUGGUUUUACCACGACAUACAUUCUCUUACUUUUUUCCAUACUGUGAAA